AUGGCCGAUUUCGAGGACUCAGCAGCUCGUUACGAAGAUGAUCGCGGUUAUGAGCGCCGUGACCGAUCGGCUUCACCUCGCGGUGAUCGAGACGAUCGCAACCGCAGCCGAUCUCCCAAUGGCCGUGAUCGAGUUCCGCCUCCCCCUUCUGAUACAAGAAUGAAAGAUGCGGAUGAAGAAGGCGCUGCCAAUACUGGCUCCAACCUCUUCGUCACUGGAAUCCACCCUCGAUUGACAGAAAGCGACGUCUCCAGACUCUUCGAGAAAUACGGCGACGUGGAAAAUUGCUCCAUCAUGCUUGAUCCCCAUACCAAGGAGUCCCGUGGCUUUGGUUUCGUCAAGAUGGUUACCACCGAACAGGCUGAGGCUGCUAAGGAAGGUUUGCAAGGAGAGGUCAUCGAAGGUCGAACAUUGAGCAUCGAAAAGGCCCGACGUGCUCGUCCUCGUAGCCCUACUCCUGGCAAAUACUUUGGUCCUCCCAAGCGUGGCUCCUUCCGUGGGCCACCUCGAGGUGGCGGCUAUCGUGACCGUUAUGACGAUCGCCGAGGUGGCUAUCCACCGCGUCGUGAUGACUAUCGUGGUGGCUCUCGCUACGAUGAUUAUGAGCGUCGAGGAUAUGGCGAUGAUUACGAGCGUCGAGGCUACGGCGGUGGCGGCGGCGGAGGCGGCAGACGCGAGCGCGAUGAUGGCUAUGGUGGCCGCAACAUCGACAGAUACGAAAGCAGACGUGAGGAAGGCUAUAGCGGUCGCGGCGGUGGUAGUGGCGGCGAUCGACGUGGCUAUUAUGACCGUGGCGACGACCGUGGCUAUCCUCCACCUGCGCGCGAAGAACAGCCCCGUGAGUACGCAGGCGGCCGCGACUACGCUCGUGAAGAUCGUUAUGCCAGCAGAUGA